AUGGACAAGAUAUUCUCCAAACUGGCUCUAGAUAUGCAGAAGAUCUGCAACAUUUAUGGAGAUGGAAAUUUCUUUGCUCAACCAUCGCUUUCAUUUGAAGCAGAGUUGAACGAACUAAACCUGGAACGCUACGCGCUUCGUUGUCACGUUAGUGAACGAGAGAAGGAGCAACUUCAUAGGAGGAAUCAUGAACUCAAUAGCGUUGUCGAGAUUCUACGAACGCAAGUUGUCCGUGGUCAACACAACAUCGUUGAGCAGAUGCGGGUCAUCACAAAACAAGCUAUCGAUGCGUUACGUGAGUUGGAGCAAACGUCCUCAGCAGAGAUCGUGAAAUUGAAGCAGAAGCAGGCGUUGUCACUGGCGCAGAGCAACACUUUCCAAAAUCAACUUAAACACACAACGGCUCAGCUUGAAGCGAAAAAGGAGGAAGUAAAAGAAGCCAACAAACAAUUGGAUAUGUUGCGCUUCGAGAGGGAUUCACUGAGGAAUCACACUGAUCAACUUGAACAACAGCUAGAUCAAGCUGAAUCUGGAUUACAUGACCUCAUGGCCGACCUGAGAAAGAAAGAUGAGACUCUUCAAGCUAAAUGUGCA